AUGCCAGUACAACAAGCUCAAAACCGAAAAGUUACUAUGAUGGAAGAGCCUGACGUUGAUGUGGUACCGUUAAAACCUACAAAAUUUGAAUUGGAGGCGGACACAAUAUCCAUUAACGAUUUAAAUAUAAAAGUGGCUUUUAUAGUGACAACAAGAGAUGAAGGAAACAUGCCAAAAGGGUCUAUCAUCAUCAGUGAUCCAGUAGCACAAUACCUGCAGAGUUUAGGCCCGUCUGAGAAACCGAAACAAAUCUAUGUUGCAAAGGAGUCUCAUGUGUUGCGAACUGUCUUCCCUGUAAUUAAUAGAAUGGGACAGAUUGAAUGUUUAUUAGACGCUGGUUCUCAAAUUAUUGCCAUGGAUGUGGAAGUGGCUAAGAAAUUGGCCAUCUCAUGGGAUCCAGACAUAAAAAUUCAAAUGCAGAGUGCAAACAGGACAGUUGAACAGACCUUGGGUCUUGCCAAGAAUGUACCUUUUAUCUUUGGAACUAUAACAGUAUAUCUACAAGUCCACAUCAUCACUGACCCAGCAUAUAAAGUGCUACCCUUGAAGCUGCUUCAUAUUGGCUACUUGGUGUAA